AUUAUAUAUAUAUAUAUAUAUAUAUAUAUAUAUAUUAGACCUAUUAUUCUGUUUACUACAACAGGUAUACGGACAGACAACAAAAUAUGCAGAGGAUACAUUAAGCAACAUGGAUUUGGUAAAACGCACCAAAUCAAAGGUGGGCUGUCUACAAAAUCUGAAAGGCCAGCAGCUCUACAGACAACUCCUCAACAAUGCCACCUGCGGUCUCACCUUCUCCAAAGAUGUUAUAUGGGAGAUGGGGUCAGACAGUAUACCUUACAGUCAAGCUGACUUCCACUGGCUUUUCAGUGCCUCUGGACCUCUGGCACCAAGUCCCAAGCCGAAGAGCACAGGGAUAAAAUCAAUGAAAGGUAUCCCCCUUCAUCAUUCACCUCAGGAUCCUGCCAAGAACAGAGGCUUCAGAGACCCUCCCUCUAUGCUCCCUGAAUUACAAAUAUCCCAUCUUGCGCCAUUGACUGCCAAAGACUCCUUUACACUCCCUAGUCACCAGGGGGGACUCUUGGAUUCCUUUAAAAGGACAGGACUACGAGGAGUUUCUAAUGUUUACAAUUGUCUCGAGGAAGCAUCUACAGGAGGCAGGGAGGACCGUUUAAAGAGCUGCCACUGGGAUGAGUUUGUGCUAAAGAAGCUGACCAAGACCACAGCCCAGUGGAUAGUGAGUCAACAGAUUCCAAACCAGUGCCAGAAUAAGACUCGGCUGCAGUCACUGCUGAGGAGUCAGUAUGGUUCAGCCAGCGCCACAGAUCUAGUCAAUGAGGAGCCCAUGUGUGAGGAGGAUUUUUGCAGUUACCAAGAUCUCCACAAGCAGACUGAGAAGCAGCAGGCUCUUCAGAGCAGCAAGGCUGAGACACCUCUUCCAGUAUACUACAGGCAAGGAGACAAAACCUACCGUAAUAUUUUAUGUUGAAUUAUUGAGUCCACAGUCAGUUUUACGCCUCAAACAAAUAGUGUCUAAUGC